GGGGCGGCGGCGUGGGGGGAGCAGAUGCCGCUGGCUGCGACCGGGAGCCGAGUGCAAGCAGAGCGCAGCCGCGAGGGAGGCGCGGGGGAGGCGAGCCGGAGCCCAGGCGCUAGCUGCAGCCUUGAGUGUCGGUCCAGAGCACCCAACCGGAGCCGGAGCCGCAGCCGCAGCCGCGAUGGCCGUGGCGGUGGGGAGACAGUCUAAUGAAGAGCUUCGAAACUUGUCCCUUUCUGGCCAUGUUGGAUUUGACAGUCUCCCGGACCAAUUGGUCAACAAGUCUACUUCUCAAGGAUUCUGUUUCAACAUCCUGUGUGUUGGUGAGACAGGCAUUGGCAAAUCCACAUUAAUGGAUACUUUAUUCAACACCAAAUUUGAAAGUGACCCAGCUACACACAACGAACCAGGUGUCCGGUUAAAAGCCAGAAGUUAUGAGCUUCAGGAAAGCAAUGUACGGCUGAAGCUAACCAUUGUUGACACCGUGGGAUUUGGAGACCAGAUAAAUAAAGAUGACAGCUAUAAGCCAAUAGUGGAAUACAUCGACGCCCAAUUUGAGGCCUACUUGCAAGAGGAACUGAAGAUUAAACGUUCUCUCUUCAACUACCACGACACGAGGAUUCACGCCUGCCUCUACUUUAUCGCCCCCACGGGACAUUCACUGAAGUCUCUGGACCUGGUCACCAUGAAGAAGCUGGACAGUAAGGUGAACAUUAUUCCAAUAAUUGCAAAAGCAGACACGAUUGCCAAGAAUGAAUUGCACAAAUUUAAAAGUAAGAUCAUGAGUGAAUUAGUCAGCAAUGGCGUCCAGAUAUACCAGUUCCCUACAGAUGAAGAAACGGUGGCAGAGAUUAAUGCAACGAUGAGUGUCCACCUCCCAUUCGCAGUGGUUGGCAGCACCGAAGAAGUGAAGAUUGGCAACAAGAUGGCAAAGGCCAGGCAGUACCCCUGGGGCGUGGUACAGGUUGAGAAUGAAAACCAUUGUGAUUUUGUGAAGCUGCGGGAGAUGCUGAUUCGCGUGAACAUGGAAGACUUGAGAGAACAGACACACACCCGCCAUUAUGAGUUGUACCGGCGCUGUAAGCUUGAGGAGAUGGGAUUUAAGGACACUGACCCUGACAGCAAGCCCUUCAGUCUUCAGGAGACCUAUGAAGCAAAAAGGAAUGAAUUCCUGGGAGAAUUGCAGAAGAAAGAAGAAGAGAUGAGACAGAUGUUUGUUAUGAGAGUGAAGGAGAAAGAGGCUGAACUUAAAGAGGCAGAGAAAGAGCUCCACGAGAAGUUUGACCUUCUAAAGCGGACACACCAAGAAGAGAAGAAGAAAGUGGAAGACAAGAAGAAGGAGCUCGAGGACGAGGUGAACAAUUUCCAGAAGAAGAAAGCAGCAGCGCAGCUACUACAGUCCCAGGCCCAGCAGUCUGGGGCCCAGCAAACCAAGAAAGACAAGGAUAAGAAAAAUGCAAGCUUCACAUAAAGCCUGGCAAGCCAAGGAUGUUCCCGCAUUCACCUGCUUUUGCAGUAAUAGUGUAUCUCUGCCAUCUGUGUCCUUUUGUUUUGCCCUUCCCCAAACACCAAUAACUCUUAACUCAUUUUGCUGAAUGUUGUCGGGUGGUGGAAAACCAUAGAACAAGGGAAUAACAGCAAAGGCUCUGUGCAGCUGGACUUUGUUUCUGGAAAUUAAAUGAUUUGCCCUUUUUAUGCUUGUUCCAAAUGGCAGCGGGAAGCAUGCCUGUUACUUGUAUGUCGCUUUGGAUCGAGGAAAGUGGGUAAAAUGCUACCUGUACGUCUGAUGUGAAAACUUCUCACCGCCUCAGCAGCUGAACUAAAACCCUGAAUAGCCAUGACAACAACUUGCAUUUUCUUGAUUGUUCAUCUCUAUGAUUGCACAAUACCGAACUCCCUGUUUUUUUUUUCCACACCAGCCCCAAACUAAGAUAGAUUUGAAUGUAGGCAGAAAGGUGGGUGAGCAUCAUAGAUGACUUUUACAUUUGCAUGAAUUUUUGUUUGUUUUAAUGGCUAACAUUAUUGGCUUGAGCUUGUGGUCUGUUCCAACUGUCUCCCCUCAGGGGUUGAGACUGCAUCUGAACACCCACUCAAAGCCUAACCGAGUUGGCACCGACUGGUGUAAGGAAAUGAUGAUCAUGUUCACGUUGGCCAGUGUGUUUUUCAUCCUCCCUUCAAUCAAGAUCUCAAAGGUCAGGUCCUAUAUCACUGAUUAUAGAAGAAUCUUCCACUGAGGAGGAUGGGCUUCCCACAAUCUAUUUACACUGAGGACCCUUUCCUACAUUUGCUCUCAGCCGGCUGAGGCACUGGACAUUGGUACUUGUAAUAAAACUAUUCACUAACCACGAGAGAAAGUUUCACAAAUACUUCACAUAGGAAAUUUGCUAUAAAUUGUGUGUGUGUCAUCUGUAGCACAAAUUUGAAAAGACAUCAGCAAUUUAAGGUAAAAAUGAGAAGGCAGGCAACAAAACCCAUGAGUCCAAAAAAAUAAAAAGGAAAGAAAAGAAAUUCAACUUCACUGCCAGUUUCCUUGCUGAUGUUUCAGAUCCAAUUGUCUUGAAUGAAAUUUCCACACUUGUCCCCUCACUAUGACUGACUCUACCUGCCCUUUGUGUCUCAGGCCCACCGUCUCAUCCAGGGUUGGGACUAACUCAUAGGCCAGGACAUAUACUACCUUCCUGAUUUGUAUGGAGAAGGGCAUAUCUGAUCUCUUUUCUGUGCCAGUCCUUUCACAUGCUUACCUUUGUAUAUGCUUGUUCCCCUGAUCCCAACAAGAUCCUCCCAGCUUUCUAACCCUGUCCUCUCCUAUUUCUUACUUAAAAGGAUAACAUUUCUCAUGAACCCAACACGUCACCUCUGGGUUUCCCCUCUGACCAUCGCCAGUUGCAUAUUAAGUUAAACAAGAUAGAAUAUGCUGCACCUCCCUUCCCCUGACACACACUUUGUUUUUAAAGUAAUAAGUAUUUGAUUCCAACAAAGAUCCCCCCAACCUUCUCUUUGUCCCCAGUCAUACUGAGGGGAAAGAAGGGACACUCUCCCAUGAACCUGAUGUAGGCUUAAUUAGGCAAAGUAAGGAAAUGAGUUUCACUGGAAUGCAAACUAAGCUGGGAAAGACCCUGCCAACUAGACCAGCAGCAGUUAUGGUCUUCACAGGUUGAGAAGCUAUUAGACCAUCAUUUUUAUCUUAGCUUUUGUUUGUAUAGCAGUUCUGAGGCUCUGAAGCUGGCUGUCCAGCACUAGACAGCAUGCCGACUCUAACCAUGGGCUGCGUUUGCUCCUAUGCUGAGCAGUACACAAAAGCUUGAAUCUUUGUGUCAUAUGCUUGUUCCAACCACUGCUUGUGUGAGCAUUUUUGUGCCUUGUAACCAGAAAACAUACUUUUCAAUUCUAUUUCUUGCAUCCCUGAAAGCUUUUAAAUAUAAGCCUAGCACGAAAAGCAUCCUGCUGACUUUUUGAUUCCAAGAUGAUUGAUUGAUUGGAUUGAUUUUUUUUUUUUUUUUGCAUUAAAAUUUACACAGCAAAAUGAAUCAGAUGGAGAGUCAGGGAAUAAAAAGUCAAAAGAAACAUAUAGAAGCUUUUUUCAAAAAAAUGUGUUGCUUCUGAACUUUUUUCUACCACUGCUCCCUAGCCCUGUUUAGUUUGUUAUUGCUGCUCUUUUUCUUUCUGUAUCUGUGCCUUUUUUCACAGUAGUCCUUGGCUCUGCACGGAAUAAAUGAUAUCCUCAAAUCUAAUUGGAUGUGCUUUCGCCUUUGCAUGUAAGUAUAGUAGUGAGAAAUCUUCCAGAUCUUUCUAACGCUUUAAAAUUAGAGAAAACAAAUGGGAUGGAUGGAUUUUCCUUUUUUUUUUUUUUUUUUUUUUUGAGGGGGUAGAGAGAGAAUGGUCUGAGUAACUUUUCUUCUAAACAAAUUAAAAAUAUCUAAAGUGGCCAUGUUUCCCCCCCCCGACAAUUUACAUGUUUUUCAACUCCUUGAUUUCAAUGUGGAAAUCGGAAAUCCUGAUCCCAGCCUGUGUUCUGCACAGUAUCAUGGGCAUCAUUGGAUGUUACACAGAGUCCUUGACUCUGACAUUGUAAACUAGAAUGAGAAACUGCCACCUUCCACUGGAGCAAAUCAAAAAGAAAGAAACCUUUUAUGCUGGGCCGACUUCAUGAUCACUUAAAUUUUGGAUCUUGAUAAAUGGGCUCUCCUUGGUGCUAACAGUAACAGUGGUCAUUGUUUUGUUUCUUUUUCUUUUUUGGCCAGUUAGUUACAGUUCCUCCCCCCCAUCUUCUGUUCAAAUAUAAUAACCGUCUUUUUCUUUCUUCUGGACUGUACAUACCCCCAACAGUUGCAUGUGUUGUAGGAUGUGAUGGAAGAGCACGUAUGGGAAUUUAAUUGCAGGUCAGAGACUGGGUUUUCCCAGCAUAGGCUCUGCAUUAAUGGUCAAGGUUUUGUCUAAAAAGGCAUCAUUUCUCAACCAGGGAACUGUUUGAUAACAACGCUGGGCAAGGUGUCUUGUAAUCUUCCUUCCCUGCUUUGUAACUCACCAGCAAUAUGCUUAUUUUCCAUAUCUUGUGCACCUCCGAUGAACGCACAUGUUUUCCUGACUUUCUUGAUGUAUCCAUAAAUGUUUCACACAUGGUUUGUUGAGUCGGGUUUUUCAGCUGUUCCUGGCCCACGUCAUGCUGUCUCUGUGUGGUCCAACCUGAACUGUCCAUUCAGAUUCCUUGGCUUUGCCCCUUGCAAGUGUCUGGAAUUGUCAAGUCUCAGCUUCCAAAGUCCUGGUUCUGUUGGCAGGACAUGUGCGAUGAUUCUUUAGCAGGAAUUAUGACCUACAAAGUCUAGUUUGUAUGUAGGUAUGAAGGGAAUUUUAAAAAAUAAAUUGAAAAUUAAGCUGUGAACAGCAUUAGAACUUUGUCUAUUUCUUAAUUUUUAAAAUAUGCUGAUAUGCCUUAAACUGUAGCUGUAGAUUCUUGUCAUUUUGCUGUUUGAAAAUAACCGAUGUGUUUUCUAAAACUGUUGUGUAAUCUACUUUCAGUGUUAAUGCAGAAUUGUCAUAUAUGUAAGAUGCAUGUUAGACACUUGUCUUUUUUAAGAACUAAAAUAAUUGUAUUAUUGUGAAGUCUCAUUUUUUUCAAGUAUGAAAUUAAUCAGCAGCGUGCUGCAUAAUUUGGUGUCUGUUAAGGUAGGAGAGUGGUGAACAGGUAAUCUAUGCAUAUAUCACUAGUGCCAAGACAUUAAGCAGGGGAAAAUAUAUUUUUACCCAAACAUU